GAUUUGGCUUGAUGCCAGUGAGUGGUGAGUUACGGUUUGGUUAUGCUCACUCUGAGUCCCAGAAAUAUCAAUGACACCAUCAGACGCUUCACAGAGACGAAAGAAAGCAGAAAAUGCUUCAUCCGAGGAUCACAACAAUCCUUGUCUUAAGGAACAGAAGCUUUCCUUCAAGUGCCUAGACGACAAUUUAUACGACAAGGACAAGUGCACACGCUAUUUCGAAAACUACAAGAAAUGUCAAGGCUUCUGGCUGUCAAUCGCAAAGGAAAGGAGGAGGAACGGCAUCAGGCCGUAUCUUCCACCCGUUGAAGAGAGAGAAGAAAUCAAGAGAAAACACUUUGAGCAGAUGGCAUCGUGACAGUUACCGUGUGCUUAUAGAAAUGUAACAAUAAUAAGGUGUGCACUGGGAUUUCAACGGCACGACUCGGACGAAACGUGGAGUAUUAAUACCGGGACCUCGUCGAAAUCGCUUUCAGGGACAACUGGAAAACCUCCCUAGAUAAUAUGUAGCAUGCUUCAGUUAAAUCGCUACCUCAAUAAAUCUAAAGUAUCCGAU